AUAUUACUUGGAAAGUGGCUUAAAGUUUCUAGAGUUGAGCUCCAGAAGCUCAUUUUAUCCAUUCCUUGGUUCUUCGUUUUACAAUUAUGGCUUCUGGGAUUCUUUUUUCUCCUGUUUCCUUCUCUGGGAAGCAUGCCAACUGUCGCGAUUUUAGACUUCCUGCUCGUAAUUCGUUGGUUCUUCUAAAGGGUCAAAAGUUUUUGGUUAAAUCCUCUUUGGACAAAGAUGUUUCUGAUAUGAGUGUUAAUGCUCCCAAAGGAUUAUUUCCCCCUGAACCUGAGCGUUAUCGAGGACCCAAAUUGAAAGUUGCUAUUAUUGGAGCUGGGCUUGCUGGGAUGUCGACCGCUGUUGAGCUUUUGGAUCAAGGCCAUGAGGUUGAUAUAUAUGAAUCAAGGACCUUCAUUGGUGGGAAAGUGGGGUCGUUUGUUGAUAAACGUGGAAACCAUAUUGAAAUGGGGCUGCAUGUAUUCUUUGGUUGUUACAACAAUCUUUUUCGUUUAAUGAAAAAGGUUGGCGCAGAGAAAAAUCUACUUGUGAAGGAUCAUACUCAUACGUUUGUAAACAAGGGAGGUGAAAUUGGAGAACUUGAUUUCCGCUUUCCGGUUGGAGCUCCCAUACAUGGAAUUCGAGCUUUCUUGGCCACAAAUCAGCUUGGGACUUAUGAUAAAGCAAGAAAUGCUUUGGCUCUUGCCCUAAGUCCAGUAGUUAAAGCACUUGUUGAUCCAGAUGCUGCAAUGAAGGAUAUUCGAAAUUUGGAUAGUAUAAGUUUUUCAGAGUGGUUCUUGUCUAAAGGUGGCACACGUGCCAGCAUCCAGAGAAUGUGGGACCCAGUUGCCUAUGCUCUUGGAUUUAUUGAUUGUGACGACAUCAGUGCCCGCUGUAUGCUUACUAUCUUCUCGUUGUUCGCUACUAAGACCGAGGCUUCUUUGUUACGCAUGCUGAAAGGUUCUCCGGACGUUUUUUUAAGUGGGCCCAUAAGGCAGUAUAUCACGGACAGAGGGGGCAGAUUCCAUCUAAGGUGGGGUUGCAGGGAGGUACUUUAUGACAAAUUCGCAGAUGGAGAAACUUAUAUUGCAGGACUGGCGAUGUCUAAGGCCACAAAUAAGAAAGUUGUGAAAGCUGAUGCUUAUGUAGCAGCAUGUGAUGUCCCUGGAAUUAAAAGGUUGAUUCCUUCACAAUGGAGAGAAUGGGAGUUCUUUGAUAAUAUUUAUAAGCUAAUAGGAGUUCCUGUUGUCACCGUCCAACUUCGGUAUAAUGGAUGGGUGACAGAAUUGCAAGAUCUAGAACGUUCGAGGCAGUUAAGGCAAGCUGUGGGGUUGGAUAAUCUCCUUUACACUCCAGACGCAGAUUUCUCGUGCUUUGCAGAUCUAGCACUAACCUCUCCCGAGGAUUAUUACAUUGAAGGACAGGGAUCAUUGCUUCAAUGUGUCCUCACGCCCGGGGAUCCUUACAUGCCAUUGCUAAAUGAUGAGAUUAUAGCAAGAGUUGCAAAACAGGUCUUGGAUUUAUUCCCCUCAUCACAAGGUUUAGAAGUAAUAUGGUCAUCUGUGGUCAAGAUUGGGCAGUCUCUAUAUCGCGAGGCACCUGGCAAAGAUCCCUUUCGGCCAGAUCAGAAAACCCCAAUUAAAAACUUCUUCCUUGCUGGGUCAUACACAAAACAGGAUUACAUAGAUAGCAUGGAAGGAGCAACGUUGUCAGGGAGGCAAGCUUCUGCAUAUAUAUGUGAUUCUGGUGAGGAAUUGAUGAUGCUAAGAGAGAAGAUUGGUGACAUUGAAUCUGAAACUGCCAAAUCGAGUGAUGAGCUAAGUCUAGUUUAGCCCAUGAGGAUUCACUGUUUAUGAUGUAAACAAAGAGGCAUAGUGUAAUAAUCAAAUCAUAGUAAAAUUAUAAUGCUAGGGCCAGCUAUUUCUUUUGUAAUCCUGCGAACAGCUCUCUCCACCUCUAAAUGAAAUAGCCCAUCUUGU